GUGUGGUUUGCACAUGAAAAAUGAAAGUGAAUUGAGUUUUAUUUCCACUUCCACUCUAAAGUCCUUUGUCCUCUACUCAGAAUCACUAAGGACAAAGAUUGGGUUUUCUUGAUAUAGCAAAAGCUAAACCUCAAAGGGACCAUUUUAUUUUAGAGAACUUCACAACAAGCACUCCAACUCAAACUCUUCUCUCAACCACUUCCAUCUCCGAACAAUAAAGUUGAACAAGAUUAAGAAAGACAAACCAACUUGGUUCUUCUUUGCUCUUGUUGGUUUCCACCAUCAACACAAAAACUCCACUUUUACUUUUUUUCAUGUCUGUCUCCCUGACUCACUCUCUCAUGAAUUGUGGGUCAUGUUUGUUUUUUUCUUGUGUUUAUGUGGCCCCUACUAUCCUCUCCCACUUGCUUCUUCCUUUGCUGUCUUCUUAGCUUCUUCUUAAUUACCCGCCCUUUCAUCUUAUGUUGUCUCUCCCAUUUUUGUCACUCUUUCUUUCAUAUAAAGAUCCAUUCUUUUCUUCCAUAUAUAGCUUCUCUCAUUCUUCUUGUUUUCAUGCUUCCUAAAAGUGUGGUUUUUAUGCUACAAAAGCUUUGAUUCUAUUUCUAUGUUAUGUUAUGUCUGCUGAUUAGGAUACUUGUUUUGUUUCAUUUCGAUUCAAUUCAACUAUCCUUAUCACUUUCUUGAUUCUCAAACGUGUAAAGUUUGUUUCUUUAUAGCUUUUUUUAUAUGAUUUUCUAUUUGAUUUCAUUGUUUUGGUUUCUGGGUUUAGGAGCUUUUUUGCUGAAAUAAUUGUUUUUGUACUGUUGUUGUUUUUGAGACUGAGAUUCAUUCAUGCUUGGUCUAAUAACAACACUAUGGAGAGGUUUUCACUUCUUUAACAUUCGGUUUUUGAACAAGGUGAAAAGUUAUGAAGAACAUUCUUAAGAAGCUUCAUAUAAUGUCUAAUAAUCAAUCAGAAGAUUCACAAGGUGAAAGGAGUAACAAGGUCAAUGAUGGUUCGUCUUCGUCGCCUACUACGCGAAAGAAGCUUUCGAAUUGGUUGCAGUCAGUUUCUUCUAAUAAUAGGCAGAGUCCAUGUAGUCCUCCAUCUCCAAAUUUGGCAAGAGGGGAGAGAGUGGAGCUAUCGGAUUCAGUGAGUUUUGGUGGUGGUUUGGAUAUGGUUUGUGAAUCGGGGAAGCGUGAUUCGGAGUCUAGCAGUUCAAGGGAUCCUGAAGUGGAGGAGGAAUAUCAGAUUCAGCUUGCUUUAGAACUGAGUGCAAAGGAGGAUCCUGAGGCUGUGCAGAUUGAAGCUGUUAAGCAGAUCAGUUUGGGAUCUUGUGACCCUGAUAAUACACCAGCCGAAGUUGUCGCCUACCGAUACUGGAAUUACAAUGCUCUUGGUUAUGAUGACAAGAUCUCAGAUGGUUUCUAUGAUCUAUACGGUGUCUUAACCGACUCAACCUCGACAAGAAUGCCUUCUCUUAUAGAUCUGCAAGGAACCCCAACCGGAAAUGAUGUAAAAUGGGAAGCAGUCUUGGUCAAUAGGGUUGCUGAUUCCAAUUUGUUGAAACUUGAGCAAAAGGCCAUGGAGCUUGCAGUGAUAAAGUCAAGAGAAGAUUUUGAAAUAGUUAUAGAUAGAAAUCUGGUGCACAAGCUUGCAAUACUAGUGGCUGAAUAUAUGGGUGGAUCAGUUGAAGAUCCUGAAAGCAUGUUAAGAGCAUGGAGGAGUCUUAGUUUCAGUCUAAAAGCAACCCUCGGUAGCAUGGUUUUGCCUCUUGGUUCGCUGACCAUGGGACUGGCUCGGCAUCGUGCAUUGCUAUUUAAGGUAUUAGCCGAUAGUUUGGGUAUCCCUUGUCGGUUGGUGAAAGGAAUGCAAUAUACAGGUUCCGACGAUGUGGCAAUGAACUUUGUCAAGAUUGAUGAAGGAAGGGAGUACAUUGUUGACCUCAUGGCAGCUCCUGGAACUCUUAUUCCAUCCGAUGCAGCUGGUUCGCAUAUUGAGUACGAUGAUUCUUCUUUCGUUGCCAGUCCUUCAUCAAGAGAUCAUGAUUCGUCUCGGAUUGCAUCGUUCAGCAGCGGUGUUGGAAGUUCGUCCGGAGAAACUUCGGAGUUUGGGACUUUUGAAAAAGGAAACAGGUACAAGCAUUUUGCCUAUGCAGGGAAGGAAUCUGAUACUGGCAAGGAUGAAGUAAAGAAACCGUUAAAUGAAUUCAAAAAUAUGCCGAACGUAGAAAAGAUCAAGGCGAGGGAAUCUGUUAGCAGACCUAAUAAUUAUCCGUACACGCACGGAAGAUCUCCUUCUUGGACAGAAGGGAUCAGUUCCCCUGCAGCACAUAGAAUGAAAGUCAAAGAUGUUUCUCAAUAUAUGAUCGACGCUGCAAAAGAGAACCCUAACUUGGCUCAAAAGCUUCACGAUGUUUUACUUGAAAGCGGUGUUGUUGCUCCUCCUAACUUGUUUUCUGAAAUUUAUCAUGACCAGAUAGGUUCUCAAAAUGAGGCCAAUCAAAACGAGGACAAUUCUCCAACUGAAGAAGUAGAUGAAUAUAAAUAUGGAAGUGCACAGAAAGAAGCCAAGGUUGGCGAUAAUCAAGCUACUCCUCGAUUUUUGCCUCCAUUGCCUCCACACAGAACUCAUCCCAAAGCAAGUCCUAGCCAUCUGACGGAGCAUUCUAAGCCUGUAGAAGGUUUAGGAAUCGGCCAUUCUCUUGAUACAAGGGAAUCUGCUGGACAGCAGAUACAAUCCGAUACAGAAGCAGCACAAGUAAAGUAUGGGAAAAAUGUCCCGGUUGCUGCUGCUGCAGCGGCUGCGGCUGCUGUUGUCGCUUCGUCUAUGGUAGCUGCCGUGGCAAAGUCAAGCACAGAUUCAAAUUUUGAAAUUCCUGUAGCGGCAGCUGCUACUGCCACUGCUGCGGCUGUUGUAGCAACCACUGCUGCUGUCAAUAAUGUCAAUAAACAGUAUGAGCAGGGGAAUCGAAGUGAUGGAGAGACAGGUAGUGGUGAUGGAGAGAAUAAUGCUUUAGGAGUAAACUCAGAAGGCGAGCGAAAAUCUGAUAGAUCAGUAAGUAAUGAUAGCUCAAAAUCUGAUUCUGCACUAGAAGAUGUUGCUGAGUAUGAUAUUCCAUGGGAGGAAAUCUCGAUGGGUGAGCGUAUCGGACUUGGAUCGUAUGGAGAAGUGUAUCGUGGUGAAUGGCAUGGAACUGAAGUUGCUGUAAAGAGGUUUCUACUUCAAGAUAUCUCUGGGGAAUCACUUGAAGAAUUCAAAAGUGAGGUCCAAAUUAUGAGAAGAUUGAGGCAUCCAAAUGUUGUUCUCUUCAUGGGAGCUAUAACUCGGCCUCCAAAUCUUUCAAUUGUUACUGAAUUUCUUCCGAGAGGGAGUUUGUAUAGAUUACUUCACCGACCUAACAGUCAAUUAGACGAGCGAAGGCGAUUGAGGAUGGCCCUGGACGCUGCUCGAGGAAUGAACUAUUUGCACAACAGCACACCAGUGAUAGUGCAUCGGGAUUUGAAAUCCCCAAACCUUCUUGUCGACAAAAACUGGGUUGUAAAGGUAUGUGAUUUCGGCUUAUCCCGAAUGAAGUACAGUACAUUCCUUUCUUCAAGAUCAACGGCGGGAACAGCCGAGUGGAUGGCUCCAGAAGUAUUGAGAAAUGAACUUUCAGAUGAAAAGUGUGAUGUUUUUAGCUACGGAGUCAUAUUAUGGGAGCUCUGUACUUUGCAGCAACCCUGGGGAGGAAUGAAUCCAAUGCAAGUUGUUGGUGCUGUUGGUUUCCAGCAUCGUCGUCUCGACAUUCCAGACAAUGUGGACCCUGCUGUUGCAAGUAUUAUUAGACAGUGUUGGCAGACAGAUCCAAAAUUGAGACCUACGUUUGCUGAAAUCAUGGCGUUGCUGAAGCCGUUGCAAAAGCCAAUUACUGCUUCUCAAGUGCAUAGAGCAAAUGCUCCGACACCAUCAUCGCGAGUUCCUGAAGAUCCUGAAGCAUAAUAGACGAUUAUACAGCUAACGCCAUCAUCGCGAGUUCCUGAAGAUCCUGAAGCAUAAUAGACGAUUAUACAGCUAACGAAACAAUUUCAUCUUACUGCUAAAAAAGGCGAGGGCAAUUUGUAAAUUAUUUUCCAUUACUGAUAGGUUCAAAACCAUAUCAGUUAACGUCCAUUCUUAUUCAAGGUUUUUUCGUGCCAGUCUUUUUUUCCUUUUUUUCUAUCUGCUUCCUUUCUCUUCUGUAAUUUACGACGCAGCCAUUGUCAGGUUGUUCCAUUCUGUUUGUACAAAAUUCUUUGGCAAAAAAAUGUUGUAAUCAGAAUCUAAAUUUUGUUGUCCAUAAAUAGUUAUUAGAAGUUGCAGUUGUAACUUCAACAGAAGAAAGGAUUAAAUGUAAGUGAAAAAUGCUUGCUUCUGUAUCUAGUGAUCAUGUAAAUUCAGUAAAUGUGUUUUGUGCCA